CAACGGCAGCUCACCUGCAUCCCUGACAUCACCGUAAAUCAGGACGGCACGACCAUGGCCAUAACCUUGACUCGAGCGACGGAGGUUUGCCCCGGCCCCGAUGCUCGAGAAUAGCGCUCAUCAAAUGCGCCUUUACGUGUUGAUCGUCUGCGCCUCUACUCGGUACAGCUCAUAAACAUAAGUAUCUCUCAAAGAAUAACACAUCCUUCUCACGAUCGAAGAUGCCAUGUCUUCUACAGUCGAUCAGUCCCGGACGGUUAUUCCUGCACAGCUAGGAUUUCUGGCGAUCUAUAAUCCAAGCCUGGGCACCUCGGAUGAGACAAUAGAAAACCAGAUUGUUUAUUACUCCUCUUCUUCCGAAAAUGCUAGAAAGAGCAGGCAAACAACAAAUCCGAAGCAAAAGGCCGCCGACGAUGCAGCCAAAAGAGAGCAGCAGAAUGAACAAUUGCGGCAGAUUGGCCUUGCCCAAGGCAUGGUAGAAUUUGGCAGAAGUUUUUCUGACGGAAUGGCGGUGGACACAGUCGAGACUGAGAAAUCUCGUAUCAUACUCCAUGAGCUGGAAUCAGGGUGGUGGAUCUUGGCUUCCAUCAGCCUGACUGUCCUACCAGUCAUUGCCAAACCGGCCUCCAUCGUCAAGGGCAAGAGUUCAGAGCCACAAGAGGCUGUUGAAUAUUCCUCUCGCGAGGUCAAACCUGCUGUACUACUACUUGGAGACCUUCUUCGAGCACAUGCGACCUUUCUUCUACACCACGCUUCUUCGAUGAGCGCUCUCUUCGUGCGAACGAGACGGUCAAAAUUUGUGGGCUUACUUGGUCGAUACUGGGAUACAUUUCUAUCUACGUGGAAUGUCCUCAUGCAUGGCAAUCCAGCAAACAGUCUAUAUGGAGGGAUCAAGAUUGCCGCUUGUGGCGAGCUCGGUAUGGGCGUGGGCGAAGAAGAGCGAGGUAGCGGGGAACGUGAAGUUUUGGAAGGAUUCGUUGGCCGUAUCGACGGACUGGUAGAUGUGGUAGUCUCCAAAUUUGGAGAUGUGCAUUCUGGUCAAGAAACACCGAAAGCAGAGCAACAACAAAACCUCCGAACAGAACCCACGUCUCCGUGGCUUGGAUCUGGCAGUGAGCCUGCUGCGGAGGACGGUGCUAUCUUUCUAGGUACUGGAGCAUUGUCAAAAAAAUCCCUUCGCUAUGUUACUCAUUGGAUCGAGGAUCUCUACAGAUGGGGACCGUAUGCCUACGGCGUUACAGAAAAUCCUACUUCCAUUCGCCAUAGCAAAAAGUCGAAGAAGCAUCAAAAUCGUGGAGAGAGCCUUGCUCUCUCCCCCGACACCAUCAAAAAGUCGCGCCAGGUCUAUGGUUUGACCGAUCGUACCGAUUCUGAACAGCCAAGCCCUGACCAGGAUGACUCGAUGGCAACAAUAGCUCCACAGCCUAUGGCAGACAGUGAUGCUUCAGCGGGUAGUCCGAAGCCUAAGAAGCACAGACCCACUUUUCGUCGUGGGCCUGGCAGCUUUGCAAGUAGCGGUAGUGAGACUGGGAAGACGAACAAACUUGUGCAGUAUCUAAAAUUUGGGUAUGGCACACACUGGACACUUGGCGGGUCAUCUUUACGAGAAGAUGAGGUUACAGGAGCCCCAGGAGGGAACCCCGAGACGAAGUUAGAUGCUCAAGAUCCUUUGCCUAAAGGUUUAGACGCUGCAAGACUUCAAGUAGAUGGCACGGAUGAAGGUACCAUGUUCCAAGUGGAUGACUCCAAAGGACAUUAUCUAGUCGGGCUCAUGGGAGAUAUCGAAAAUGAGAAUGGGGAUUCUGAUGACCAAAAUGGCGAAGGCUUGAAUGACACCAACAUCGAGGACCUCAACGCCAGAGUAGUCUUGCGCACAUUAACGCUUGAUUCUGAUCAUACUGGCACAACAAGCUCAUCAUACGACAGUCAGGAUCGAAACAAGACAAAGAAACUUCGUGUGGUCGUCUAUGUUAACAGGCCAUUCAUCUUUGUCUUUCUGUUCGAGUUGAGAACUGAUGCUCUGGCUUGGAAUAACCUUUACCGUGCCAUGCACUAUCAACUUGCACCCCUCAUCAAACCAUUGCUGUCAUCUACCACAUUUCGAGCUUCUAAGCCAGAUAUCACUAAUACUGAGGAUUCCACAACGCCUAUAUAUGACCUCGUUUGGGACCCGAAGUUGCUGACGAUCCGCUCGACCAUCCCAAAUAUACCCGAUCCAUAUCAUGCUCAGACAGACCCUUCAGUCUCCUUAACAUGGUCCCGCAUCGAAGCGUUGAACACUCAUAUGCAAAUCGUUAAUACUUAUAUCACAAGCACUAUGGACAGAUCCGAGCUGGAACGCACUUGCAAGACCAGUCGUGGCUGGUGGGUAGUUUGGACUAGAAUUCCCGAGCCAGACUCGACGCCAACGGUCUCUCUCGCUUCAGGACAAGUGAAGGUUCCUGGGCUGAUACAUGAAGACAGCGGAGAGACUGGACCUUCAAAUAACUUAGAGUUACCGCUUCACCAAAAGUCUCGCGGAGGGAGCACGAACGCUUCUACAAAGGUGUCCAGUAUGUUCUCUGGACCAGCUCAUCCAUUCUUAGAAGCCCUUGCCAAUACUGGGCGUCAGAGUCCGAGGGAUAAGGAAAUAUUCUUGAUCAGGAGAGCCAGUGACCAUGCUGCUUCCAAGUCGAGAAUGCUAAGCGGCUCUUCGUUCUCAGGAUCAGAGGGUGGUUGGACAACUGGGCCUAGUAAAUUGGCUCAAGGUAUUGGUGUGGAUACUAAGAGGUACAUCGAGAGCCUUUUGAACCUCAGCUGA